AGUAAGAUUGAGCUUCUGGGAGUCCGGCGAGUUGGUCUCCCGCAGCCUUGUGAGCCUCGGAAGCAGAAACCCCCAAGCAUCCUGCACCUCGCAAGGCUGCAGGUAUGCAUGCUGCAGGCCGCAUCGGCUAAGCCAACACUCAGCUCGACCUGAACAACAACAUUGUCACCAUCACAAAGAGCUACCAAUCGCCUUGUUCCCUAUUGUGCUUUCUUUAUCUGAAGACUGCUGGGUAGUAUCCCUUUCUCAGCAAUAAUGAAUCAAUCACCAAUCGCCGUCUCCAACACCCCGUCUGGAAUCACGACAAUCACAAUCACCCGCCCUCACCGCCGCAAUGCUGUGAACCCGUCCACCGCCCGCGCACUGUACUCUGCCUUCCUGGACUUCGAGGAGGACGUCUCGCAGAAAGUCGCCAUCCUGACCGGUUCAGAAGGAGCGUUUUGCGCUGGCGCAGACCUUGUUGACCUGACGGCGCAAUCCAAGCAAGAUCCAGCCACGCUGGAUCCGCUGGAUAGAGAUCAUCUGCAGCCGGUCCAAGGUCGCAACUGCGGCCCAAUGGGUCCGUCGAGGUUGCAGGUGAAGAAACCCGUCAUUGCCGCAGUGGCGGGCCACGCUGUUGCCGGCGGGCUCGAAUUAAGCCUGUUGGCUGACAUGCGGGUGGUCGAAGAGGACGCGAUAUUUGGCGUCUACUGUCGGCGCUGGGGUGUGCCCCUGAUAGACGGCGGAACAGUCCGCUUGCAAGCUAUCGUUGGCUUGGGGCGGGCAUUGGACAUGAUUCUCACCGGACGACCGGUUUCUGCACAGGAAGCUCUAACCAUGGGACUCGCGAACAGGGUCGUUCCCAAGGGCAAGGCGCUUGAAGAAGCAACCAAGAUCGCCGAGUCGCUGCUGAGGUUUCCUAACGCCUGCAUGAAUGCUGACCGGAAUUCAUGCUAUUACGCCGCAUAUGGUGCGGAGAGCUUUGAAGACGCAAUGAGGAAUGAGUAUGACCACGGUGUCAAGGUAUUGCAGGCGGAGAGUAUCCCAGGUGCUGCUCGAUUCGCUGGUGGUCUAGGGAGACACGGCAGAUUUGACAAGUUGUGACCCUCGCGGCGUUACUUCUCCUGAGCGUCAUCAACAAAUUCAUUGAUAAUCUAUAACUCGGACACUGUUCUUGAGAGAUGAGUGUCACUCGCAAGACAGCUCACUGCCUACACGUUUCAUUCAUGGCUUCCAGACCGCAUCAUUUCGUCAACGUCCUCCAUAAUAGCCCGCGCUCUCACCGCCACCGGCAUACUGACCAUGGCUCUGGUACGGGUCCUGAU